AUGUGUGAAGUGACAUCAUCUGGUGACGAAGUACUAGUAGCAGACCCUGAGAUCGGAGCUGGAGCAGUAUUUAUCCACUCGGUGAUAAAGCCUAUGGAGACCGGCGGAGUGCCGGGUGAUUGCCUGGCUACGGUGCAAAAUUUCAAUCAAUGCGAGCCAAAAAUAGGUGGACAAGUCCCAUCCUCGCACGGGUGGCUGGUUAUUGAGGGGCCACGGGCGACGCUCCGUUGCUGUGGCAGGGGAUCGCAGUGGACCCGGCGCUGCCUGAACAACCUAAAGAUGCAGCAUCCAUCACCCACACUUUCCGGUGUCCAAACCGGCUUGCUCGAGUGA